CUUGAGCCCAUUAAGCUGGAUUUGAUCUCUGCUUUGCAAGAGAGGCCUUAUGGAAAAGAAGACUGCACUCAAAAUUGCGAAGCAUGGCACCCAGGUUCCAACCCUGGUUCUGCGCUGGAGGAGUACAUCCAGGCCAUCAUGGGAUUGGAGCUGCAGCAGGCCCAGAAAAACAUAGUCCAGAAGCACAUGGCCCCCAUGCUGGAGCUGGGCACCAGCCUCCUGAACCAGACCACAAACCAGACCCUCAAGCUGACCGACAUGGAGGCUCAGGUCCUGAGCCAGAUGUCACACAUAAAGUUCCAGAUGCUGGAGGCUUUGCUGACCACUGACAAGCUGGAGAAGCAGCUGCAGAAACAGAGCCAUGAGCCGCACCUACUGCAUGGCCACAACAGGAACCCAGCUGUGGAGUCUCAGCAACAGGCCCAGCUGGCCAGCCUCAAUAGCUUGAAGGAGCAGCUGCAGCAACUUCUGGACCUCCAGAACAGCACCCUGACCAGCAUCCACCACAGCCUGCAAGCUGCAAGCAACAGCUCCAGCCGAAUGGAGCAGAAACAGCGUCAGCUCCUGGAGAACCUGCAGCAGCUCAUGAGCCUGGGAGAGCAGGGACCAGGUGAGCAAGUAGGGUGUGCCAGGCAGGAGGCUGGAGAGAAGGGCAGGAGCCAGGAAGGAGCUCUCCUCAGUCUCCAGGGUCCCUCUGGGCUGGAAUCCAUUCUGGGAAAGGCCAUACCCUCCUGGCCAUCUGGACAAAUAACAACAAGCAGUAAUAAUAAUGGCCAGAACAAUAGUUCCAAGAGAGGCAAAUCCAGACUCUGUCUCCUGGCUCUACAGGUACCUGGGUUUGCCCAAUUCCACCCGACUCGUGGAGCUGUGCUGGGGUUUCAGGACUGUGAGGACAUCCACAGGUCUGGGAUCAGUGUUGACAAUGUCUACACCAUCUUUGUGCCCAAUGUGAAAGACCCCAAGAGGGUGUUCUGUGUGAUGGACACCGAUGGAAGUGCCUGGACCGUCAUCCAGCGCCGUGAGGAUGGCACAGUGAGCUUCCAGCAGAAUUGGGAGGAUUAUAAGCAGGGCUUCGGAGACCCAGCUGGGGAGUACUGGCUGGGCAACGAGGUGGUGCACCAGCUCACCAGCAGCAAAAGCUACUCUUUGCGAGUGGAGAUGGAAGACUGGGAUGGCAAAACAUUCUCUGCCAACUUCGAGCAUUUCCAGCUGGGCAGUGAGGAGCAGUUUUACAGGAUUUUUCUAGACAAGCACAGCGGUGUGGCAUUGCUCCAGGGCCAGCUGAUCCUUGAGAACAGCAACUUCAGCACCAGUGACGCAGACCAUGACAAUUGCCUCUGUGAGUGCUCGAAGACAAUGUCUGGAGGGUGGUGGUUUGCUGCCUGCGGUGCCUCCAACCUCAAUGGUAUCUACUACCCAGCUGACCAGCACUUGCACAAGAUCAAUGGCAUCCGCUGGCACCACACCCAUGGCCCCACAUAUUCUCUGCGUGCCACCCGCAUGAUGAUCCGGCCCUUGAUCAGCUAGAAAGCCCUGGGUGGAGGCUGAUCAAUGUCAUUUAUCAGCACAAUAAGACCAGCAAUAGCUUCUGCAGUAUACAGGUUCCUGAAGGUCAAAAGACUAUGCAGGUGACAUCCCCAAGACACCAAACGCUCAAUUAGUGAUAAUCAUCCUGCAUCAGAGGAGAUUAUUUUUCUAUUACAUAAAACACAUGGCCCUCUCUCUCUGUGAGUGUCCUUGACUGGCCUGAGUUGUCAAAGAAGGUCAUUUGGAGGAGAACCCUGAUUUUGUGGAUGGAGUGUGUGACUGGCAUAGUGACCCACCCUCUCUGAGCCUCUGUUCAUGCCUCUGUGAAAGUGAACUUCAAAAGAUGGUAGUGAUGAUGGAUAAUGUAAUACCUGUGUGUGCACAUGUGUUAAUAAAUGAUGUGACAGAC